UCGCGCGGCGGCAUCAGAUGAUAUUAAUUUUGUUACUCUCUAGCAUUUCAUUUUCAGUCCGAUCGACUCUUGCAUCGUGCUACGACGACCCGGUCGCGGAAAUUCCUCUCGAGAAAUUCGUCCAACUUUACACUGAACCCAACCGAACACAACUUGACUAUCACAGCCCGGAGUGUCCUGGUUCCGAAAGAAUCACACAUACGAACGGCGCGGUCGGACGGCGAGACGUGAGGUGUCACAAAAAGAAGGUCCUGAUAAAAAUAUACGUAACUGAAUUGAAGUGAUACUAUUAUCUACUUGAGAUUUCCAUAAAUUAAUUCGAUAUGUCUCAGAUGAUUACAAUCAGCCGGAGUACCAGUGGCGAGUCCCGUUGGUAACCUUGACGAUGCUGAAAGGGAAAAUUGUUAAGCUUUUGAUAAAACGUGACUGAAAAGUAGUGAAUCGCGCGAAUCGGAUUCCAGAAUAUAUUUACCGUCGGUUUGAAGUUUUAAGUGAUUGUGACUUAACAGGUGUUGUUCCUAACUGAGUUUUACCGCUGUAACGAAAUGGAUUAACACUUACCUGCUUGAUUUGAUCGAAAUCGAAGGACCCCCUACUAGGAUUUAGUUCCCUCCUGUUGUUAGCUAUACAGACACCGGACUUCAAGCUGUAUCUACCGUCGGAUUGUUGUGCACCGGUGAAUAGGGAGCAUUCAUCGACGGGCGUCCACUACAACCCGCUCGGCUCCAAGUUGGAUUUCAAAAACAGCUGUGCCGAUUCCGGCCCUGCUGGUAUUGGUGGUGGCGGUACUAGUGCAGGAAGUGCAGCCUCAUCCGGAGCCCAUUCGUCUUCCCUCGGACUAAGCCCGGCCAGUCCGGACUCGCAGCAGUUCAACAUCUUUCCGGCGAUCUUUAGCCGCCAGCUGAACUUCACCGGAAGCACGUGCGGCACCAGUGGACAAGGCAAACUGAUGGAUGACCUACGACCGAAUCUAGUCGGCGGUUUGCUUGGUCUACAGCAGGGCCUACUAGAUGAUCAUACACUUUCGCACGGCAAUCUGCAGCACAAUGCACAGGACACCAAGUUCAUGUCACUGCAAGACAAUAGGCUCAUGGGAAUCGGAUCCCACGAGAAUCGCUUACUAGGAUUAUCGCAAGACAACCGAACACCCGGCGGCGGUCAGGGUUCGGCGGACAAACCGAUCCAGCGAAAGUGCAGCAGCACACCGGAGGAUUUCAGUGCCCUGUACGGUGGAUUAGCAGGGACUCCUAUUAGUGACCACCAUCACCAUCACACGCCUGCUCACACGCCACCGAAUCGGUUGUCGGACAAUUCAUCGGUGACAGCGGAAGGUGCUUUUAAAAAACUAAAACCCGAACCAAACGGUGGACUGUCGUCGGUGUCCGGUGGCAUCUCGUCGCCCGGAAGUGGAAUCUCAUCCCUGCCUCAGCAUGCCGGCCACACGCCCACCACGGCAUCCUGUCCGACGCCGGCGCGGAGAAGGCACCGGACCACAUUUACUCAGGAACAGUUAGCAGAACUAGAAGCGGCCUUUGCGAAAUCCCACUACCCCGAUAUCUACUGUAGAGAGGAACUAGCGCGAACGACAAAACUUAACGAAGCAAGGAUACAGGUCUGGUUUCAGAACCGCCGGGCCAAAUAUCGCAAGCAAGAAAAGCAAUUACAGAAAGCGCUCGCACCCUCGGUGAUACCGUCGUGCAAUGGCAUGAUGCGAAACAUACAAGGCUACAGCGUGUCCCGGGGUUAUCAACCGUAUCCUCAUCCAAACUCAAUCAAUCGAUAUCCGCAGGACCUCUUCCAGAUGGGUGCCUCCUCGUAUCCCGGAAUGACGCAGCCAUUCUCGAUGACGCACAGCUCCAACAUGGGCUCUGUGGGUGUCCGCCAGGAUUCGAUGGGCAUGUCCGCCGAGGACGAGUGGUACAACAAGAGCCUGUCGGCGCUGCGGAUGAACAGCUCGCAUCACCCGAACCUCUCCGCGCCGAUGCUUCAAUACCAGACAUAAUUAAUGUAGGAUCAGCUAUAACCUUUCCCCGAUUGUUGAGCGGUAACUCUCGGGAAAGCUCGGCAUCGCCUACCCACUAGUCAACACAAGUUUCUUUCAAAUCAAAAGUCAUCUGCCAAUUCAGUCAAUAUUCAAAUAUUCGAAAUCGUUGAAAUUUUGCUAGCCUACUCAUUCGUGAAUGUUUUUUAAUUUAAUCGGUUCAGCAGAAUGCACUAAAAACGUUAUUCACGCCGUAACGCGACAGCGAUCUUUCGCGAAAAACGUUUACCUGCUGAUAAUCACAUCGGCGCCGGUGAACUAUUUUCGAACAUAUUUUCAUUCCAUCCAUACACAUGACGCAAAACGAAUAAAUUUAUCGUGCAUUUCGUUAUUUUUUAUUACCAGUUCGAUUAAGGGCGCUAAUUUAUGCAACAAUGUUAAACCCAACACGCUAAUUAAAAUUUGAAAUGGACAAAAAAAAUAAUCCUAUAGGUAAAGAAAAAACUUGUACAUAUGUCAAAAUAUGAGCUAUGGGACGCCGAAUUUUCAUUUCCACGACGACGAAAAUUUAAAUCGAUCGAUUCACUGCUUGGCUCGAACACUGAUAAAUGGCACGAAAUCAAAUAUUACCAGUUACACAAAUUUGAUAGGUAUUAAUUUGAAUACUACACCGAAUGCAGUUGCGUGCAUUUAGACAAGGAUGAAACAGAGACAACAAACCGUUAAUCGGUCAGAUUCUUGAGUAAGUUAGCAUCUAAGGUGAAUACCAAAAAAAAGGAAGAAAAAAAACUAAACUAAAUCUACGAGAAAAUGAAAACCAUAUAUAAACUUUGAAGUAACGUAGCUAAAUUAUUUAAUUUAAACACUUAAGAAAUGAACAAACAAACAAAAUAACUUAUAACGUGAGAGGAUGUAAACUGGUGAGAACCGUUAGUUGAUCUAUGAAACAGAAUAUGCAGUAACAUUUCUAGUCACACACACACAAACAGCAACAACUAAAGCUGGGCAUUGAUUGUACUUGUAAAUAU